AUGGGACCUUCAAUGUCAAAACCUCUCUCUGCCGAAAUCUCUCAAGACACCCAUGGUGUCAUACAUGCUGAACGGCAACUACCAUGUGUCGACCUCCAUAGCUCGAAAAGCUGUAAAUUGUCGAACGACACCCAGUCUUGCCGCACUACCGUGGUCACUGCACGAGCUCCUUCCGACGAUGAAGAAUUAGGGGGCUUGCAAAAAUUCCUUCCAAUCACCCUUGCCGUUCAGCAAGGGAAAAGCACCUUCACCUUUGUCGAACGGCAAGAGUCGUGCGGAACAAGGAGCUUGCGAAAUCUGCUCAAGACACGUCGGAUUCAACAAGUCUUACCUGCUGAAGGAAGAGAGAUAACCAACUCUCACCGUGGCCUCACCAUGGCUUCACGCCGGAAUCAAUGGAAGACUCGACCUCUCAUUCGAACCAAGUCGUGCCGAAGCCGUGACUCGAAGCCAGCAAUCUCUGAACCGGUCCUUCUUUUUUGUUUCCGGUCACCCUUGCCGAACGACGGCUGCAAAACCAGAGAAAUAAUAUGGAGCGAUCGGCACCUAGUGCUCAUCCCCAAAUCCUUUAGCUUCAGCUAG